AUGACGAGCGAAACGAACAAGGUAAAAGCCAAGCUUGCAGCGCUCUCGGCCUCAUUUGAUGAUCUGGAAGCCGAACUCGAACCUCUUUUUUCUCAAACACUUCCAGAAACUAUCAUUGGACUCGAAUCUAUUCAGAAAGCAAAGCUUCAGACGGUCCUCCCUUACCUGGUGUAUGAUUUGAUCUUUAUUUAUCUUAAGUCGAAGGGCAUAGAUCCAAAGACUCACCCCGUGGUGCCAGAGUUGGAUAGAAUACGACAAUAUUUUGAAAAGAUAUCAAAUGCCGAAAAUCCUCCCAGCAAACGAAUAGAAAUCGACAAGGCAGCGGCAGGCCGAUUCAUCAAACACGCCAUUACCCAAGCGACAUGGACCAGGACUGCUGCGGAAGAAGCGCAAGAUGAACCAGAACCGACGCCAGCCCGAAUCCCCAUCAAAGUGACGAGUAAAAUGGUUGAGCGCGCCGAAUACGAGAAAAACCUGAAAGAAGAAGAAUCAGAAGAGGAAGAGGGGCUCAAGAUCUACGAGGGAAACAAUGCCAUGGUGGUGGAUAAAGAGGCCGACGUUUCUCACAUCCCCACAGGCAGAAAGCGAGGAAGGCCCAUACUCGACCCUUUCGCAGGUUUGCGUUAUUUGUCACUUCCGUCUUCUCACCAUUAA